AAAAAAUGAACAAAUCACUUGGAGCCACACCAACGACUUACUGGUUUGCGAUGCAUCAAUGAGGACUGAGCUAAGCUAAUCAAGGAGCUAUUCUAAGUGGCACGAGAAUUGCUGGAUAUAUUGUGAAUUACUCAGUGUCAGUUCAUCAUGACAACCGGUGCUGAUGUGAGAGACAUCUUGGAGCUGGCCGGAGGAGAGAAUGAUGCUGGCCCCAUCAAUAAGAAAGACAUUUUAAACUCUGACAAGAAAAAGGUAAAGAAAACGACUGAGACGUUAACAUUCAAGCGUCCAGAGGGUAUGCACAGAGAGGUGUAUGCCCUUUUGUAUUCAGACAAAAAUAGGGAUGCUCCUCCACUGCUACCCAGCGACACAACUCAGGGAUACAGGACCGUGAAGGCCAAGCUGGGCUGUAAGAAGGUGCGGCCCUGGAAGUGGAUGCCCUUCGCCAACCCGGCCCGGCGAGAUGGCGCCAUCUUCCACCACUGGAGACGAGCGGCAGAGGAGGGCAAGGACUACCCCUUCGCCCGCUUCAACAAGACGGUGCAGGUGCCCGUGUACUCAGAACAGGAGUACCAGAUGUAUCUCCAUGACGACGGCUGGACUAAGACGGAGACAGAUCACCUGUUCGACUUGUGUAAACGCUUUGACCUGCGCUUCAUUGUCAUUCAUGACCGUUACGACCAUCAGCAGUACAGGAAGCGCUCGGUGGAGGACUUGAAGGAGCGCUACUAUACCAUCUGUGGCAAGCUGACUAAAGUGCGCGCCACCACCGGCACAGAGCCCAAGAUCUACAUCUUUGACGCGGGACACGAGCGGCGCAGGAAAGAGCAGCUGGAGAGGCUGUUUAACCGCACACCAGAGCAGGUGGCCGAGGAGGAGUACCUGGUGCAGGAGCUGAGGAAGAUCGAGACGCGUAAGAAGGAGCGCGAGAAGAAUGCCCAGGACAUCCAGAAGCUCAUCACGCAAGCCGACACCACCACAGAGAUGCGCCGCGCCGAACGCAAGGCCACCAAGAAAAAGCUGCCGCAGAAACGCGAGACAGAGAAACCGGCUGUUCCUGAAACAGCGGGCAUCAAGUUCCCUGACUUCAAAUCCGCUGGAGUCACACUUCGAAGCCAAAGGAUGAAGCUGCCCAGCUCUGUCGGCCAGAAGAAGAUCAAGGCCAUUGAACAGAUCCUCACAGAGCAGGGCGUCGACCUGAACCCCAUGCCGACGGAGGAGAUGGUGCAGAUGUUUAACGAGCUGCGUAGUGACCUGGUGCUGCUGUACGAGCUGAAGCAGGCGCACAGCAACUGCGAGUACGAGCAGCAGAUGCUGAGGCACCGCUAUGAGGCGCUGCUGAAGGCAGGGGGCGCCACCAGCACGCCACAGCUACAGCAGCAGCAGCUGCUACAGCAGUCAGAGGGGCUCGGCAGCACCGCCGCUACAGAACCGGCACAGAACUGGCCCUCAGUGGACGACAUCAAGACCGAGGCCAAGGAGCAGAUCAUAGACGUGGUGGGGGCACCACUCACGCCCAACUCUAGGAAACGCCGGGAGUCUGCCUCCAGCUCCUCGUCCAUCAAGAAGGUGAAGAAGCCCUGAUGUGGAGCCCCCUGUUUUAAUCAGAUGGACAUAUUACACUGAGGGGACGGAGAGGACAGAGGACACGCGCCCAGCAUCUGACUGGAGCACAUGAGGAGGAGAGGAGAGGAGAUGGGGAGAGGAGGGGUCCUGUAUGAGAGGGGACUGGCAGGGGUCUGGAGAGAGAGAGGGGGGGGGGGGUUAUUUCAUAGGGCCAGUCAUCCAUCAAAGUGCACCGCACCCCCCCAAAACAGCCAAAGCCUUUUGCUCUCUCCUAAUCAUGGACGGCGCUCUUGCCAGACACCCACACCCCCCCACCUCUUUCCCCUCUCCUGCUACAUCUUCAGCAGUCCACCUCCCUCCCUUCCUCCUUCCUCUCUGCAUCUACCGGACCCCAGCAUCAUUGUGACACAGACCACCGCUGACAUUCCCAUUCCAUUACAGCCACCCCCACUUCCACCACCCUAGACACCCCCGCGCCCCUCUCCCCUCGUCCCUCGUCCGGUCCCGCCACGGUCAGCCCUGGCCACAAGCAGGACAGAUGAACUGUAAAUUGGCAGCCAGGGCUAAUAGAUACCUGCAACAGUAGCGGUCUGUCUGCACACACAGAAAAAGAGAAAUAAAAGCUUGGAGGAAGGAGGGAAAUCUGGUUUGUUCUGCCAACAUUUGUUUGAUCUUGGUUUGUUUUUGUUUUUGUUUAUUUGUUUGGGUUUUUUAAGUCAAUGUUAAGUCACUGGUUCUUGAGUAAAAUCAGCAGUGUGAUGGACUAGUGUGCGUUGAGGUAGAGAGACGGAGGAGCAAGGCAUUUCAUGUUCAUUGUUACAACAAUUGGCCUUUUUGCCUUUCUGUGCUGUUGUGAUGGAAUAGAAACUCGAAUGCGAGCCUGUUAUAACUGCUUCGUCAGGGCAUCCUCUCUUUUCCCACUCUUCAUUGCCUGUGUGCAAAAAAAAGCUAAUAAAUGUGGUGUUUUUGUA